AUGCUCGUCCCACAAUGCACCGCAGGUAAAACCGUGGACGUUCCCAUAGAGACGCAACUGUCGUCUCCAGGACAAUUUCCAAAAUGUCACCUGGAUAAAAGGCUUUUAAUGCCAAGCCAGUAACUGUCUGCUGAGGUGACGUGGUUUGUGUUUGCUGAGGGUUCAAAUUAAUCCUGUAGCCGCUUCAUUAAACCUGUGGAUGGUUGGUCUUCGAGGGUCGAGGCUUGUUGUCCUGCUGCACCUGAGCUCAGCACUGCUCGUUGUCUGGAUCAGAAAUGUCUCAGUUGUCAGCUGAAGAUGGGCUGGAAUUACAGACUCUGCUCAAGCAGCUUCUGAUCAGCAUCAGUGACAGGAUCUCUGGUGCCCCAUCGGCUGAAUGCGCUGAAGAAAUUCUCCUUCACCUGGAGGAGACUGACAAGAACUUCCACAAUUAUGAGUUUGUCAAGUUCCUUCGCCAGCAUGUGGAGAGCUCUUUGGGCUCCGUGGUGGCAGACGAGACCAAGAAGUUGACAAGAGGAGAAGGACAACAUGCCGUUGGCUCAGGACAUGAUGCUCUGAUUCAUGUCGUUACCCGACAGACCAGAGAGUCAGCUGAAUAUCACCAAAUGAUGCAGACAAUGAAAAACACAAUGAUCGUGGCUGUGGAGUCUUUAAUCAACAAAUUUGAGGAAGACCAGCUGAAAAAGGAAGAGAAGCAGCAGUCAGCCUGUCAGUACACUGACAACUGUUCUGACAGUGACUCCUCCUUCAACCAGAGCUAUGCAUUCAUCAGACAGGAGCAGCUGCAAGUUCUGGCUGAAAAGCUGGACUCCAACCAGCCCAAAGAGGUGCGUUGGGAGGCCCUGCAGGCUCUGUGCUGUGCCCCGCCGUCUGAUGUGCUGGGCUGUGAGAGCUGGAGCACGCUCCACAGGAGCCUCUGUGCAGCACUCGCUGAUCCCGACCUCAGCGACAGAGUGCUACAGUACUUUGCUAAAAGCUUCUCCUCCUCUCCACUGAAUUUGACACGAGAGAUUUACACCAGCUUGGCUAAAAGUGUGGAGUCAAGUUUUCUCUCUCUCAAGCUGAGCUUCCCAACAGACUCAGUGGCCCUCGACAUUAACAGGCCAGAGAUUAGUCGUCUUCUCAAACAGAUUCGAUUAAUGAAUGAUUUUCAAAAGGAGGUGACAAGUUUCUGGAUCCGCCACCCAGAAAAGUACAUGGAGGACGUUAUAGAGAGCACAUUCUCUUUGUUGUCCUACCAUCAUGAUUAUGGUUCAGCCUCUCCAGGGUCAGACAAAGCCCUGGAACCAAUUCACUUAGUGGCAUUACUGGAUAUUAAAGCCACCUGGUUCAAAAAGUGGAUGCAUGGCUACUAUAGUAGGACUGUGGUUCUCCGACUCUUGGAAAGGAAAUACAAGUCUCUGAUUGUGUCAGCCCUCCAGCAGUGCCUCCAUUACUGUGACUCCUGCGCGCAUUUCACAAACGAGACAACUGAUCCCCAGUCAGGAGAGCAGCAGAAAGCUGCUGUUAAUGUUUCAGAUUCAGCGCAGAGAAGCGUUUAUUCCAGGAAGGAGCUCGAGUACGCCACCUUUGUUCACUCUGUGUGUGUCCUGGGAAAACUCCUCAUCUACACCAAUGGAAGGAAGCUUUUCCCUGUCAGAGUGUGGAAGCACAAAGACCCGGUGAGGCUGACAGACCUGGUUGUCAUCCUGGUAAAUAUAAUGUGUCAUCAGCCGAAACCCCACAGUGAUGCCUCACACGCAGACUCCUUGUCACCCAGCAGUCUGGUGAUGGAGGUGCUGUGGAUGCUGUGUGAGAGGACAGAUUGUGCUGCAGAGUGUCUCUACCAGCCUCCUGUCAUAGAGACGCUGCUGGCUCCUCUUUUAGCUCUACUCAAUGGACACCAGGUCAAGUUAAAGUCUCCUGAAGCAACGCUGACUCUAAUUGCUGAUGUCCUGGCUCACAUCGCCAACACUGACAAAGGAUUAGCGCUCUUCUUAUACGAGAAGAAUGUUGUUAGUCGUCACAGUGAGAGAGAACUUGCCGCGAACGUCAUUGUACAGUUUACCCUGAAGCUGCUGCACAAGGAGCUGCCAUCACUGAAAGACUUGGAUGCAUCCAACACAUUAUGUGGCGCGUUCAUAUUUGUCUGUAGGCAGAUGUACAACACCUUUGAGGGUUUGCAGGUCCUUCGACCCUACGCCUUGCACGAAGCUUUAGCUGCUGCGUGGAAAAAGACCAGUUCUUUGUCAGAGAGGGUUCCAACCCCGGUACCUGGAGCCUCUGCCGAAGCCUCUGCCCAGGAGUUACAGAACACGCUCCUGUGGGAGGAGACCUUACUGGACAGUCUGCUGAGCUUCGCUGCGACUCCUAAAGGCCUGCUGCUGCUCCAGCAGACCGGAGCCAUUAACGACGGGGUCUCCUACAUGUUCUCACGCUUCACCAAAAAGCUGCAGGUGAGCCGCUGUGAGAAAUUUGGAUAUGGAGUCAUGGUGACACAGGUGGCAGCAACUGCUCCAGGGGUGGUGGCUUUGCACUCUUCAGGUUUUAUCCGGGCACUGGCGAUUGAGCUGUGGUCGGCCCUGGAGUGUGGAAGUGAAGAUGUCAGGGUGGUCCGUCCCAAAGCAACACCCAUGGACCCCAUAGACCGGAGCUGUCUGAAGUCUUUCCUGUCCAUGGUCAACCUACUCUCCUCGUCCCAGUCGGUGUGGGAGCUGCUGAGCCGACAGCCCCUAGGCAACAAGAGCGAAUACAGUCUCAGAGAAAUGCCAACCUCCGUUCCUGAUUUGAUUGACAGGCUGAUUGCUGUGAAUUCAGAUGCAAAGAUUAAUUCGCUGUUCCACUAUGAGCAGUCGCACACAUUUGGCCUGAGGCUGCUCAGCGUGCUCUGCUGUCAUCUGGACUCGUUUCUGCUGUUGGAGAGCCAGUACAACAUCUGCUCCAUGCUGUUGCAGAGCCAGAAAGAGAAUGUCAUCGAGCUGGACACCAGUGAUGGAGCGUUCAUUAUCGACGGUCUGUCAGUGGAGAGGAAUCAUGUGCUGGUGCGUGUUGGUGUGGUUGGAGGUCCGUCUGAGAGGAGGCUUCCCCCUCGAGCCCUGCAAGAGGGAGAGCAUCCUUAUCCCUGGCCAAUGUUUUCAAGCUAUCCUCUGCCUCAGUGCUACACUUUGGACCCACCAAUAAUCCAGCACAGCUCACAGGACAAUGCAAUCAGUGCGUUUCUGGCCUCAUCCAAGGACACCGAGCACGAGGAAGCGUGGAUGGAGCUCUGCCGGAGACAAUACUGUGAAGUUUUAACCUCGAAACCCAACAUUCUAACAGGAACAGUGCUAGCUGACUUCCUGGAGGAGGUUGUGGCUCAUCUGUCCAGCUCUGCCGCAGAUUGUUUCUUCUCUCCGGCUCAGUACAAAGGUCAGUGCGAAACCGAGGAGACGAGUGUGAAGGCUGUUGAAUUGUCCUCUGUGGAGCAGCUGGGGAUCCACACCUGCGUCAGAUAUGGCCGCAAUCUCAGGCUGCUGAAAGAUGAUGAUGUCCAUGACCUGACGCUGCUGAUGAAGCACGUAAAGAGCCUCCUGUCCACACAAAGAGUGAAAACAUCCUCAGGCCUCAUAGCUCAGCAGGAUGAGUAUCCAGGCCACGACUGGUUGGUCUCCACGAUGUUCCUCAUCAUGGCUGGAAAUGUGGACCGCUCUCUCUGCCUGUUACUCGACCUCUCCUCUCUGCUCGUCUCUGCAUUCGUCUGGCCGGCGAGGAUACACGCCUCUGUCCACGUUCCUGUGGAAGUGGCUGAAUCAGCCGUCCUUCCUGUCUACUGGUGCACGGCCCACUACGUGGAGAUGCUGCUGAAAGCCGAGCUUCCUCUGGUCCACUCGGCCUUCAGGAUGUCUGGGUUCACCCCAUCCCAGAUGUGCCUCCACUGGCUCACUCAGUGUUUCUGGAACUACCUGGACUGGACAGAGAUCUGCCAUUACAUCUGCACCUGCGUGGUGAUGGGCUGCGACUACCAGGUUUACGUGUGCGUGGCCGUUCUCCGGCACCUGCAGCCCCACAUUCUGCAGCACACGCAGUCCCAGGGGCUGCAGGUCUUCCUCAAGGAGCAGCCGAUCCUCGGCUUCAAGGUCAGCACCUACCUGGACUUCAUGGAGGGACUGGAGCGGAGCUACAGGAGCACUGUCCUCGCUGACAUGAUGAGCAUCCGAGGCCCUGUCAAGUAGGAAGCGGGCGUGAACCUGGUCAGAGCAGAACGGCUUCCGUCUGCUUCAAAGCCUGGGGUUUGGUUCUGAUGUAGAACGAUCCCGUAAACGUCUUGAUGCUAAACGCAUUGUGUUGAUCUGAAUCUGUGCAGCAUAGAACCGGGGGAACCUGACUCCACGCCACAGAACGGGACCUUAUUACUGCUCACAUACUAUGAAAACAAACGGACUGAUUGUUCUCUGAAGAACUGUGUGUGUGGUUUUAUGACACAAGUUACACUUUGAGCUUUUCAUCAACUUGUAAAGAAACAUUUUUCAUUCAUGUAUUUUUCAUACAGUGUAAAUACUAAUUCAGAAACUGUUAGACGGGAGGAUCUGAAACGUGUUCAUUAAAGCUGGCGAUGGAUGGGACCGGGCUUUGGAGUUUCCAUGUGCUCGUGGUGAUGCACAGCGUUGGUACCAGGACACGCAACAAGGCAUCACACACGCUUGUGUUUGUGCACUCAUGCAGGUCUUCACAUGAAAGAUGCAUGAGGGGCGUAUCGUGUGAUCAAGCUCAUUAGUAAACACAGCCCUUCUCUCCCUCCUGCUCCGUCCUGUUGUCCCUCCUCAGACGCCGGUGAGGUCUGAAUAAUAAACGUGCUCAUCACAAUCAUCCA